UUUUCCUGAUUUUAUACAAAGAAUUAUAUUACAGGCACAUAUAUGCCAAAGUCAGGGGGACCCUCCUUGGAGCAGAGGUUUGAAUCCUAUUACAACUACUGCAAUCUCUUUAACUACAUUCUUAAUGCUGAUGGUCCUGCUCCCCUUGAACUACCCAACCAGUGGCUGUGGGAUAUCAUUGAUGAAUUCAUCUACCAGUUUCAGUCAUUUAGUCAGUACCGCUGCAAGACUGCCAAGAAGUCGGAGGAGGAGAUUGACUUCCUUCGUUCCAAUCCCAAAAUCUGGAAUGUUCACAGUGUCCUCAAUGUCCUUCAUUCCCUGGUAGACAAAUCCAACAUCAACCGUCAGUUGGAGGUGUACACAAGUGGAGGUGACCCCGAGAGUGUGGCUGGGGAGUAUGGACGGCACUCCCUCUACAAGAUGCUUGGUUACUUCAGCCUAGUGGGGCUUCUGCGCCUGCACUCCCUACUAGGGGAUUACUACCAGGCCAUCAAAGUACUGGAGAAUAUCGAACUGAACAAGAAGAGCAUGUAUUCCCGUGUGCCAGAGUGCCAAGUCACCACAUACUAUUAUGUUGGUUUUGCAUAUUUGAUGAUGCGUCGCUACCAGGAUGCCAUCCGUGUCUUUGCCAACAUCCUCCUUUACAUUCAGAGGACCAAGAGCAUGUUCCAGAGGACCACCUAUAAGUAUGAGAUGAUUAACAAGCAGAAUGAGCAGAUGCAUGCACUACUGGCCAUUGCCCUCACCAUGUACCCCAUGCGUAUCGACGAGAGCAUUCACCUCCAGCUGCGGGAAAAAUAUGGCGAUAAGAUGCUGCGCAUGCAGAAAGGUGACCCACAAGUCUACGAGGAACUUUUUAGCUACUCCUGCCCCAAGUUCCUGUCACCUGUAGUGCCCAACUAUGACAACGUGCACCCUAACUACCACAAAGAGCCCUUUCUGCAGCAGCUGAAGGUGUUUUCUGAUGAAGUGCAGCAGCAAGCCCAGCUCUCAACCAUCCGCAGCUUUCUCAAGCUCUACACCACCAUGCCUGUGGCCAAGCUGGCUGGCUUCCUGGACCUCACAGAGCAGGAGUUCCGGAUCCAGCUUCUUGUUUUCAAACACAAGAUGAAGAACCUGGUGUGGACCAGUGGCAUCUCCGCCCUAGAUGGCGAAUUUCAGUCAGCUUCUGAGGUUGACUUCUACAUUGACAAGGACAUGAUCCACAUUGCAGACACCAAGGUUGCCAGGCGCUAUGGAGAUUUCUUUAUUCGUCAGAUACACAAAUUUGAGGAGCUUAAUCGAACCCUGAAGAAGAUGGGCCAGAGACCCUGAAGGCAUUCACACUCAUAUUAUUCAGGAACUUGUUUUGAUAUCAUUGUAGAUGGGAGGUGUUUUUGUUAUCGUGAAACCUUCACUUAGAUCGGCCAUCAGCCUGUCAACUAAGUUGAAAUUUUUUCAAACUAAGGACUGAAAUGUUUUAAGUAGAUCUUAGUAAAGGAUCUUUAGAGCCAGA